UUAAUUUUUUUUUAAUUUAAUUAAUCGAGUCAGCUAUGAGCGCGCUAUAAAGAGCUGAGAUUGUUAUGUGAUAUUUAGCCGUCUCGGAAGAACCGCGAGUUCUUCAUUCUCUCUCUCUCGUUGGAAGGAUACGCUUGAUUAGACUCCACCUGAGCGUAUUAGACUUGGAUGUUACAUCUGGAUAUCUCGAACCGGCUGGAAUUUUAUCGAAUUCAACGAUGCGAUGAGUUUGAAUGAAAUGAGUGUCGGUGAAUAUUAAAUUCUUACCGCGAAAUUAAUUUCUGCACGAUGAUUUUACAUUUUUGCAAAUUUCGACUCGACCUCCGUAAAAAACGAAACAUAUGACGGUACUGCAAAUUUUCUCGUGUUUGCACGAGCCGACACAAAGAAACGGCCGAGCGAGCGGGCGGGCACGUCGAGCCGAACGAAUUACUUUCAACCGCAAUAUGGUGGGAGCAGGCGCGCUGGUCGCUCUCGUGAAGCACGCUGUACGAUUCCGUAAUAUUUAUUUUCCACUCACGGCUAGUGACUCACUACCUGGCCGACUGCGGCACGGCGAACAGGUAGACUCACGCGGAUCCGCGUUCGCUAGGUCUGCGAUCGUUUCUGCAUCCCCGUGUCGGUGGUGUGCGCGUGUUCAAACGGUGGUGGUGGUGCAUCCCAAGAAGCAGCUGUGCGCUCGUUGCGAGAUACACGCCGCGAGAAUCGAUCACUUGGCCGCAUUACAGAAGACUUCCGCUUCAUUAUCCCGCGUACUCUACCACCAUUGAUUGAUCCCCUCCGACACCCCUCUACGGCGAAGAUAAAGUGAACGCGGACGUUACUCGCGCGGAUAAAUGGAGGACUCCGGGGUGUAUCGUUGCGCGACUCACCCCCGGCUUGGUGGUGCGAUGCUCGAGGAACAUCAUCGAUCUUCCGCGCUCAUCACGAUCUUAUCCGCGACAUUCAACUGUGCGAUUGGACUUGCUCACACAGUGGACUCACGGUGGAUGAUACACGCUGAAUAAGCGAGCGGAGAACAUUACUGCUGUCGCGGCUCGGCACCUUCAAAGACUCUUCGCGGACUCUUCACACAAAGACUCCACGCAACGGACAACGGGAGACCGAUUGUCGAAGAAGACUUAGAAAUCGUGUUCGUAAAAAUUCUCCCGGAAAAUCGCAUUUUCGGGAAUGCGUGAUAGUGGAUCGCGGUGCGCGAGGCAACGCAAAGUGUAAAGGAACAGCGAGGUGAUAGUCGGUGGAUCGAUACCACGACGGACUUCCGCGAUCGAUAUUCGUCGGGGAAGAAGUGUGCGAAACGGUGCAACGCGAUGCGUCGCGCGAGUGAGCGUGUUAUGACGGUGUCGCCGUCGCUUUGUCUCCUUCGUUGUUCCGGAUAAUGAUAAUGAGGUCGUUAACGAUGAUGAAGCGCUCGGCCUGUCGUCUACCACACGCGCGCGAUUACGAAUGCGAUGUCGAGUGCAAUGUCAGGGCAGCCGAUCGCUUCCGGUAGCGGUCGAGCGCGAGGCUGACGAGAAUUCCACGAGGCGAGAAUCCAUCGAGGGAAAAAACCAACAACGGCCAAUCCAUCGCGAUUUCAUGCCGGUGAGCCGAGAGCCGAUAAUCAAUGGCGCCCAAUAGCUGGACGCUGCCCACGCACGAGCGUUUGUCCGCGAGGUAGAGCCGGUUUGUGAUAACGUCACCAGUCGUCGUUAUCUCGCCGUGCCGUGUCGAAUGCGUCUGACGUGCGGAGUGUUCACCUGCGUUGACGCCGCGUGCGUUCUUCUCCCUUUCCUUUAUAUCGAUCGGAAUAUCCGCAUAUCGGGUUCGCGUACAAGUGACGCACGGUAAUCGCGUCACGUUGCACCGCGUCCGAAGGUAGAAAGCCGAUAUUGCGCGAUGCUGCCGAAGAAGGACAGUCAGACCGAGCCGUACGUUCUGGAGGACAUGAUAUCGGACCUCCAGGCGAGGCGGCACUCGCUGGACCACGAGGACGUGGUGCAGGAUCCCGCCGAGCUGCUCAAGCAACGCGAACGCGACCUCGUCCUGGCCGCCGAGCUCGGCAAGGCUCUUCUUGAGAGGAACCAGGAGCUGACGAAGCAAGCCGAGACCUUGACCGAGGAGUACUCCGUCAAAUUGGAGAGUUUGGAGCAAGAGCGGCACCUGCUGCGACGACGGCUCGAGGAGGCCAUAGACGAGAGCGAAGCGCGAGCCUUGGAGCUUCAGGCGGAUGUGGAGGCCCUGAGGAGCCAAUUAGAGGAGCAGAAUGAACGAGCGCGGAAGACGGAACGCGAUCAAGCCGUUCUCGUCGCGGAAUUGACGGCGCAGAACACAAGGUUGGCCGAUCAGCUGCGGGAAGCCGCCAAGCAGGAGGAACAAUUGCUCGUCGAGGUGAAGGUGCUGAGGGAAAAAUGUGCUCUCAGGAACACCACUCUGCAGGAUCACGUCAGCAGCCUGGAGAUCCUCAGAGAUGAGGUACAACUGGUGUCGGCAAAGAGGACCGAAUUAGAGAGGCGGUCCUUGGAACUGCGAGAGGAACGGGCCAGGGCGAUUGCGGCCCUCGAGGAAGCCGAGGAGAGAGCCGUGGCCUUGGAACGGCUCAGCCAUGAGGCGGAACACCGCGCGAGAGUGGCCGAGCAGGAGAGGGACGAGUUGGCAUCAGCAUUGGCGGCUAUCGAGGCGGAAAGGAGAGUCCGGUCCGGCUCGAUACAGAAACCACCGCGGUCCCUACAGGCGGAAAUGGAGUGCGAGGAGAGUGGGAGUUCGCUGGGAGAGCAGGAGGACAGUGGCUUGAAGACUGAAGUGGCGAGGGCGACGAAGCGGCUGAGGGAGCUGUGCGCUCAUCUGAGACGCGGCGAGGACGACUCGGGCCUGCAGAGCGACUGCGAUGAGUCGAUGCUCGUGAUCAAUCUCAACAACUCCGAGGCCGAAGUAGGCAUCAAUGAGCGAGAGGCUCAACCUUCGCAGACGAAUUACCCGGGCGCGCUGCUGGAACUGGUCGAGGAGGUAUACAAUCUCGCAUUGUCGGGUAGAGGAGCCCCUGGGGAGCUGGGACUAGCGGUGGAGCUGCACAGGGUACGAGAGGAACUGGAACACUCACGGGAACAAUGCAAGAUGCAAGAAGAGGAGGUGAAGCGACGCGGCGACGCGGUCCUCGAGCUUACCAGCAAGCUGAGCGUUUGCGAAGCGGAACUGCGCGGUGUCAAAGAGGAACGCGAUCGGGCGAGGUGCGACAUCGAGCACUCUGAGCUAACGAAGGACGAGAUCGUGGCGAAAGCCUACAAGGUGAGGGACCAGGCGGUCGCCAGGCAGAAUCGAGUGGAAGUGGAGCUGGCCAGGACGAGGAUAGACAUCCUGCAGGCGGACAGCCAGCUGAAGGAGGCGAUCAAGCAAAAGAUCGAGCUUAGUCAGCAGCUGGAGCAAUGGCAGAUGGACGUACACGCGCUGGUGGACGAGCAUGUGCGCAGCAAACUGACUCCGACGUCGCAGAUUGUCGCGGCGAGGAACGGCGAGAACGCGGACGUGUCGGCACCAGCCAGGAAGAAGAGAAGCACUGGCUCCACGAGGAAGAUGUUCGGCCUGUUUUGACGAAAGUGACGUAGCGCGAUAGCUACGCUGCGUUGAGCUAACGCUGAGCAAUUGCGGACUGAUGUGGACUUUCGAGUCCUGCGCAGCUAUCGCGUAAAACGAACGUGCAACAAAGAUGAAGAUGAGAUGUUGCGAACUGAAUAUUUUUAGAGAUGUUACGAAUCCUUUCUAAGGACGGCUUAGCCACUCGACUCGACCAGUGACGAGGACAAACCCGAAACGGCUGAUUAGCCUUUGUUACCGCGUUCUUAAGACAUUCUGGCUGACAUCUCUUGCACCAUGAAUGCGUUGCGAGAGACAGAAACAUCGCAUUGUAGAGCAGUGAUUUUACAUUUAAAAAGAAUAAGAUUAGCAACUCGAAUCAGGCAUGUCGUGGCCUAUUCUGACAUGAACACUGAAAUAUAUCAGUGCGUGAUGUGCAUGAGAAAUGUUUGCAUUUCUCACAAUGGGGAUGUCGAAGUCUAAGAGUAGACCGAUGUUGAUGCUCGUGUCGAAACUGACUACUAAUACGAAUUUAAGUGGCACGUCUGCCAUUAUUCACAAAAACACGCGGAACUCGACUUUCUACGAUUCCCCGACCGGGGAAAGUCUCACGAAUCAAACGAAUCUUUUCGAAUCGUUCUCGCGCGACUCGAUCUGCGCUCGACAAUCGCAAAUAAUUGCAUUUUCCUUCGUCGCAAUCAUAUCAGCGGAAUUCUUUUAUUAUUUUUUAUCGAACAGCUCGAUUGAUAUAAAUUAACGAAAUGUCAUUAUUGUUUAAGCUUGUGGACCGUCUGUGAUAAAUAUUAAUGACAUAAGACAGCGUUAUGACAGCAAUAGCUAAUAGCAGUCAGUAAGAUGGAUCGUUCAAUUUAAUCUUAAAAGAAGUUAGUCAAAAUGAUUACAUUAAUAGUUUUCUCCUUGGAGAAAUGGAACAUUCAAAGCAAUGAAAAAUUUUCUUCUAAGAAAUUAAAAUCCAAUUAUGAGAAAUUAAAUCCAAUUGUUCUAAUUAAACAAAUUUUUGCUCACAAGGAAUUAUUUUUCAUGUAUGCAAUUGUUUCUAGUCAGAAAAAUUUCUCGGCAAACGUCCUCUUAAUUUUCUAAAUUUAAUUCUAAUAACGUUCCAUCUUCCAUUAUUCACUCUUGAAAAACUAGAAGGUCCAUUAACUACAAUCGAGCUUUUGACAAAAAAACUAACCGGUUACGGGUCUUAUUUCACGCAGGAGAAGUUUAAUCGCUCGAACGGUGAUGAAAGAGUGUAGAAAAUUAAUGUCCCGGUUAGUUCCGACAGAAUCCCGGCGAGUCUCGACAAAGUGAUUAGGAUCUGAAAAGCACAACAGUUUUUCCUUUCCGCGCGAGAAUCUGCCGCGUCACUUUCAUCAUCGUGGAACGAAUCGUUCUCCACGGUAAGAAUGAUCUCAAAGUGGAAAAUCCUUUAUUGCGAAACGGGUUCCAUCGGGCUCGUCGAGUGAUGAACCGACGAAGAAAUCGCUCGAGUUCUUCACUUCGUUUCUUCCGCGGUGCAAACACAUCGAAUUACUGUGAAUACAAAUUGUGAUACGUCGUGUCUCACGAUAGAAUCGAAGAAGAAAAUAAUACGCACACUUCUAAUUUGUUACUUGAAUAACAAAUUUUAACAAACUUUUAACAAUCGUAUUUAACAAUCGUGAAAGAAAUUAAGUCUUUUAAAAUUCCGCUAGUAGCUGAAUCGCGAUAUGAAUUAUAAGUAAAAUAAUUCGCAAAAUUAAAUUAACGAAAUUUAUUAUAUAUUUAUUAUGUAUGCACUUAAAAAGGUGGUUUCGCACGAGCCUGAAAUGACUUUCGACAUCGAGUUACCUGACCACGAAUAAUUGCUAUCCGUCCAUUAUUCCGUCCGGCAGGACCAAUUACCUUAAUGAAGAGAAUGACUGAUGAUUUAGAGAUGAAAGUUGAUGGAUCCGGCCGUGAUCUCUGAUCUUCUGAUACAACGAUAGUGCAAUAUCACUGAAAUGUUUUUACGAUGAUAGUAAUCGUACGAUCACUGUAAUCGAUGCUCCUUGAAGAUCCCUCUGCGAGUUUUGAGAUGUCGCGGACGAUCGAUUUUAAGGAACAACGACGCGACGACGCGUGUAAUCUUUCACGAUCACGAGUGUGUGCGUGCACAUAGAUAAUAGUUUGUACAUUGAUUUCCUUACGGAGUGAGCGUGCACACCGUCGAAGCUGUAUGAUAAUUGUACAAUUUCUCGAUCUGAUCAAUCACAACGACGAUAUUUAUUUAAUAAAAGUCUGUUUUUUGCGAA